UAAGCUACAUGCAUUUGAUCUGUUUCAUCAACUUGAUGGUAUGUAUAUAUAUUACAUCUUUCAUAUAAUAAUAAUAAUAAUAAUAAUAAGGAGCAAGGGACAAAGGAAAAGAAAAGCAUUUUCCCCCGUGCGGCUUAUAUAUAGGUACAUUUAUAUCAAUGUUCAGAGGGAGUUCUAGUUCUAAGUUCUAUGUUCAGAUUUGCAUAAUAUAUAGUUGAGUAAGUUACUUAUUUGCAUGCAGAAGAAACAAGAGGUGAUUUUGAUAUACAGAAAUAGAUAGAUGAUGUUUUGGGGAUGCAACCAAUGAUUAUGUUUCCCGGUCUGAAUAAAGAGGAGGAGAUGGAUACUAUGGUUGAGGCUUUGACUCAUGUUGUUCGUGGAGAAAUACCUCAAGAAGCUGCUGAUGUUGCUGUGACAUCUAACAUGGCUUCUGUGUCUGCAACACCAUCUACGUCCUCUUCAUCUUAUGGACUCAAUUCUAAUCUCAAAAGAAGUAGGGAAGAUGAUAUACCCUUUCUUGCUUCAUCCUCUGCUUCUAUUCCACCAAUUUCAGAGCUUGCAAUCAACGGGAAAACAAGAAGAGAAAGAAGCGAAAUGGGAGAUGAUGCAGUAGUGUACGAAUACAGAACAGAUCUAAAGAAGAAUGAUGAGGAGAAGAGGAAGAACAAUGAAGGGAAGAGAAAAUACAGAGGAGUGAGGCAGAGGCCAUGGGGGAAGUGGGCUGCAGAGAUCAUUACGACCAAGCCUCUCUCCGCUUCAGAGGCAACAAAGCCAAACUCAACUUCCCUGAAAAUGUUAGGGUGAAGCAACCACCACCACCACCAACCGCUUUCACCAUUUCUCAUACUGCUUCUUCUCCUUCUUCUUCUGAUGCAUAUGUGCCCCUUCCACCUUCCACCGUGGAGGCUUCACCACCCAAGUUUUAUGAGUUUUCAGACUUCCCCAUCAGUUUAUACGAUCAGAUGUUUGUGUCGUCUGCAAUGGCUUCUCAUAUUCAAGCUUCUUCGGCUUCAUCGCCAGCGGCAUCGAAUUCUUCCUCUUCUUCAGUGUUUGCUUAUUCUGUAACUUCUGCCACACAGGCAACUCCAAUUCCUUCUGUUUAUUCUGCUAAGCUGCCGCCAUGGUCUUCUUCUGGUAAUAGCUCCUCUCCUUCUAGAUGAUUUAUUCCAUGAGCACAACAAAAAUGCGAAUUUAUGAAUUAGAUUUUGUAUGUUCUUGAGAAAGAGAGGGGGUCCAAGGGUUGACCGAAGAUGCAGUGGUUGACUAUGUAAGAUCAGCGGUGUUCGGGUACGUCACGCAACACGCAAGCAUAAACAAUUACUGGAAUAAGACAUUUCUCGAUUACGGAACGACUCACAAAAACAAAUCUCAAAAGGUUGGAUAGGUUUCCAACAAAGAAACGAAUUGAUAAAUUUCUCAAUCAAAUUUCUACAUCCGUCUGAAACAAGUAACAUAAUUUUAUUUAAUUCUUUGUUAUUCUUGCUUGCAAGCAUUCCUUCGCAGUCAUCGUCCUUAAAAGUUAAAACCGCAAAAGCAAAAGCACAUCUAAGUUACACGUUCGCAAUUAAUUUUAUUUGUAUAGGAAAUAAAUAAAUACAUAAUAUUGCCAGUGACGCAGGCCAACAGCCAACAGGGAAGGCAUAUUGUCGAGGGUUAUAUAGGGAUCGGAUGUAGUUAUGUGUCUGUUUUUUAUUAACAUCAUUUUAUUGAUAAUUGAGCUCUCUGCCAAAAAUAUUGCUUUC